AUGAAGAACCUACUUGCCUCGUUCAACCUUCCUGAAGGUUUCUUAAGCUCUUUCCUCAAAUCCCAAUGGACUACCCUCCCAACCCCAACCACCGACUUUACAGGUCAAACCAUAAUUGUGACUGGCAGCAAUACCGGCCUAGGGUACGAAGCCGCACGACACUUCGUCCGACUGGGGGCCUCGAAGGUGAUUCUCGCGUGCCGAAGUCUGGAGAAGGGCGAAGCUGCGAAGAGAGCCAUCGAGGAAUCUACCAAAAGAGAGGGCGUGGUAGAGGUAUGGCUCGUUGAUCUAGGAUCGUACGAGAGCGUCAAGGAGUUCGCAGACAAGGCUGCAAGUCUUGAGCGCUUGGAUGUCUUGUUGGAGAAUGCCGGCAUUGCCACGUUCAGAUAUUCCGAGCUGGAGGGCAUGGAGAGUACGAUCACCGUCAACGUGCUGUCGACUUUCUUGAUGGCAUUGUUGUUGCUUCCCAAGCUUCGCGCUGAUGCAUCGAAAUAUAAUUUCACGCCUCGCCUGGUCAUCGUUUCCUCAGAAGCCCAUGAACAGGCAAAAUUCGUCGAACAAGACGCGCCCGCCAUCUUCCCCGCCCUCAAGAAUCCCAAGAACCAGCGCGAUAGAUACAACCUCUCCAAACUCCUCGAAGUCCUCGUCAUCCGCGAACUAGCCCCUGCGAUGAAAGCGUCCGGAAAAAACCCAGUCAUACUCAACACAUUGACGCCAGGAUUCUGCCACUCCGAGCUCAUGCGCAAUGUCCCAUUCCCAUUGAACAUUCUGGCACCGAUCGGAAAGUUCUUCCUUGCCCGAACGACGGAGAUGGGCAGUCGGACGCUCGUGUCUGCUGCAGCGGCUUCGGAAGAUACGCAUGGGAAGUAUCUGCAGGAUUGCAAGAUUAAAGAGCCAAGUAGGUGGGUGAGGAGCGAAAAGGGGAAGAAAGUGCAGGAGAAGGUUUACAAAGAGCUCCUUGAAGUUUUGGAGGGCAUCCAGUCGGGAAUUACGAGUAAUAUCUAA